CUUUGAAUUUUGGAGCAAGUCACUUGGCCUGAAAGAACUGCCAGGCUCUCUUGGCACUGCUUUGGCAGGCUCCCCCCUCCCAGCCCCAUCCCGCCCAGCAGCCUGCCGAGAAAGGAGCCGGAGCCGGUGGCAGCGCCACGCCUGGCCACGGAGGGGCCGCCAGAUCCCAUCCCAGUGGGAGGAGCUCCUGCAGAAACAAGUGUGAGCGUCUGUCGGGUCCUCGGCCUCUGGCAUGGCAGAGCCGAGCAGCACGGACUCCACGCUGAUGGCCCUGGACGAGGAGGAGCUGUGGGAGAUGAUGGAAGACCACCGCUACAGGAUCGUGCACAGCAUCUGCCCCAGCCGCCUCACGCCCUGCCUAUGCCAGGCGAAGGUGCUGGGCCGGCUGGACGAGGAGGAGGUGCUGCACAGCCCCAGGUUCACCCACACGGCCAUGCGCGUCGGGCACUUGCUGGAUUUGCUGAAGACUAGAGGAAAGAAUGGGGCCAUCGCCUUCCUGGAGAGCCUGAAGUUCCACAACCCUGACGUCUACACCCUGGUCACUGGGCCGCAGCCUGACAUGGACUUCAGCAAAUUCAGUGGGCUCAUGGAGACGUCCAAGUGGACCGAGUGCCUGGCAGGGGCCAUCGGCAGCCUGCAGGAGGAGCUGAGCCAGGAGAAGGGGCAGAAGGAGGCGCUGCUGCAGCAGUGCCGGCUGCUGAAGGAGCGCCUGGGGCAGGCCGAGGCCCGGGCCGAGAGCCUGUGCCAGCUGGAGGCCGACCACGGCCGCACGAAGCGCGAGGCCAGCGCCCACUUCCACGAGGCGCUGAAGCUGAAGGACGAGAUGCUCAGUCUCUCGCUGCACUACAGCAACACGCUGCGGGAGAAGGGGCUGGCCACCACACGCUGCUGCGGCCUGCGGGAGGAGUUGUACCUGAUGAAGCGGGAGAGGAAAUCUUCCUCCUGUGAGCAGAACGCCGGCAAGCACUCCCUGAAGGCGGCCAGCGCUCCGGAGCCCAGGGAGCAGGAGCUGAGCCGGCUGAAGGAGAAUGAGAAGCCGCGAUCGCUGACCUUCAGCCUGGCAGAGAAGGACAUCCUCGAGCAGGACCUGGGCGAGGCCCUGGAGAGCAGGCAGGAGCUGGUGGGCCGCCUGCAGUCCCUGAGGGAGCGGGCCGUGGCCGUGGAGAGGCAGCGAAAGCAGUACUGGGAAGAGAAGGAGCACACCCUGCUCCAGUUCCAGAAAACGAAGGUGGACUGCGAGAUCUACAAGGAGAAGAUGGGCACCCUGCAGAGUCAGGUGGUCGAGCUGCAGAAGGAGAGGGACCAGGCCUACUCCUCCAGAGAUGCAGCCCGGGUGGAGAUCUCUCAGAAUCUGGCAGAGAAGGACGCCCUCCACAGGAAGGUAUUCGAGCUGAUGGAUGAAGUCUGCCAACUGCGCCAACGGCUCCACAGGUUGCAGGCUGAGUCACAGCCAGGGGUGAGUGCCUCCUGCCCACAUGCAGGGUGAUGGCAGGAAGCCGGCACCACGGAGCUCUGUCCGAAGGGGAAGCAGGGGCUCGUGCGCAUGUUUGCCAUCGGCCCACGGGAGGACAGCGACUGCGGCUGCCUCGGCCCCGCGGAGGCACAGCCGCUCUGGGCUGACCUGAGAGCCACGUCCAGCCGCGAGCUGGUGGACAGCUUCCGCUCCAGCAGCCCAGUGCCUCCCAGCCAGCAGUCACUGUACAAGCGGGUCGCAGAGGACUUCCAGGAAGACCCCCGCUCGUUCAGGUACAGAGGGACUGGCAGUGGCCUUCCAGAAAUCCUGGAGGUAGACCCGGGAGCCUCCACAGGAACCAGCGCGGGCAACGCAGACCUGGAUUAUGAGAUCAUAGACGAAGCAGACCUUCCUGAGUCUGAGAGCCACCUGCAGCCAUCCUCCGGGGAUCUCGCCUUGUCGACCAGCAUCCCGGUGCGGAGGAGGCCGGCGUGCAAGAUCCUGAGCCAGGUGGUGGUGCUGGCCUUCCAGGGGGACGCGCUGCUGGAGCAGAUAAGCGUCAUCGGCGGAAACCUCACGGGCAUCUUCAUUCACCGGGUCACCCCAGGCUCGGCAGCAGACGAGAUGGCCUUGUGCCUGGGCACCCAGAUCGUGAUGGUGGACUGUGAGGCAACAGAGCCCUUGUUCAAGGCCGUCCUGGAGGGCACAACCCUGGAGCAGGCUGUCGGGCUUCUCCGGAGGGUGAAGGGCUUCUGCUGCUUGUCUGUGAGGGUCAACACGGAAGUUUACAAGAAGCUAGUCCAGGACUUGGAGGCCAAAGUGGCCACCUCAGGGGACUCCUUCUACAUCCGGGUCAACCUGGCCAUGGAGGGGCAGGCAGAGGGCGAGCUGCAGGUGCACUGCGAUGACAUCCUGCAUGGCACCGACACCAUGUUCCAGGGCUGCAGCUGCUGGCAUGCCUGCCACGUCGGCCCGUAUAGCACCCAGGGCUCCCAGCAUGGCACCAUCCCCAACUACGCCCAGGCCCAGCAGCUGCUCAUCGGCCUCAUCCAGGACAUGGCUCAGCAGAGUGCCAUCACCCGCAAGGCUUCCAGGGGGCUCCACAGACUGGUGCACCUUGUCAGCAUGGACAGGAGCAAGGCCAGCCCUCAGUGCUCGUCCUUUGAUGGGGGCCGGUGGAACCCCGGCAGGCCAGAAGGUGAGACAGAGCCCCCCGCCAUGUGCUUCUGGGCCAAGAGCUGCCUCACCCUGGUGCCCUACACCCUGGUGCACCCCCACAGGCCCAGCCGGCCCCGGCCCGUGCUCCUCACACCCUGGCUGGUUGGGAAGGUCCUGAGCGAGAAGCUCUGCCUCCUCCAUGGGUUUAAGAAGUGUCCGGCAGAAUACUUGAGCCAAGAGGAGUACAAUGUCUCCAGGCAGAAAGGGGACAUCAUCCAGGAGAAGGAGGCAUCUGGUGGCCGCUACUGGGUGACCCGCCGAGCCGUGGAGUCUCUCAUAGACAAGAACACCCACGCCCUCUUGGACAUCCGGCUGCACAGCGUCCACACCCUGCACAGGAUGGAGAUCUUCCCCAUCGUCAUCCACAUCUCCAUCACCGAGAAGGCAGCAAAGAAACUCAAGAAGGCCCUGCAGCCGCUCGGCACCUCGGAGGAGCAGCUUCUGGACGCGGGCAGGCAGGAGGAGGGCGGGCUGGACAAAGUGCCCUGUCUCUACCGCUGUCUGACCCCUGACAGCUGGAGUGACCUCGACUCCCCGCUUGGCUGCGUCCGCGUGGCCACUGCAGACGAGCAGAAGAAGGUGGUGUGGACAGAGCAGAGCCCCUGCUAA